UUUUUUUUUACUAAUUCCAAUUCAAUACAUUUCUCUUCAAUUCAACUUCCUGUGGGGUGUGGCCAAAUUCAAUUUUGCAAAUACACACUUUUCUACUCAAUCACCCACAACAUCUCCAUCCACCCAAACACGGUCUGUUUCUCUCAGUCCCUCCACAUAUACAGCAGAUAGUGAUUACCUUCGGAUAGGACAGCAGAGUGCUGAGCACUUGCGUUCUCUGCAGCAUUCAACACCCUGAUGUCCAGCAGAGGACAACAAAAUGACCGGCUCGGGGGGAGGAGUACGAUAAAACAGACAAAAAUCCUCAAGAGUUUGAAAUGCUCUCAAAAUAGCUCACCUUUUCUCCUUGCGCCAGACAAACCCCAUUUGGAUUGAUAAAAAUUAACUAUUUGUAAAAAUGACUUUGUUAGGCUUCUAUGGAACACAAUGACAGCAAAGAACGGAUAAUACAAGGUUAGAGAAUAAUUUGGUCGUAAUUAUCGAACGUUUUAUAUCUUCGUCUCCUUUUAGAGAGCUAGACGCUAAGUUGCGUCUGGGUCUUUAGGUGGGGGAAAGCGAAACGUUCCAGUUUGGGGGUUAAAGGACGGGAGGAGGCGUGUGAGAAAGCGUACUAUAAUAACUAUGUUGAUUGCAUAGUGAUACGGCACCGGCGCGUGUACAGGCGCUUUUAAAAUAUCCCUGCAACCUUCCACAACGGCAAGUUUAGCAUUCAACACGUGUCGCGUGAGUGAUGAAGAGAGAGAGAGAGGUUGCUAGGUGACGGGGCGUAUAUACUGAAUUUUAACAAAAUAACUGGAGAGAGAGACUGAGUGAGUGAGAAAGAUACGGGAGGGGGGAGGGUGGGAGAGAGCUAGUCAGCAACAUGUAGGCAGGCUGAGUAAAGAGAGGUCGAGACUGUGUACGUACAAUUUCUUUUUUCCGUUUUACCUCAGAGAAACAUACCAGGUGGAAACGUCGUGAAAAUGGGCAGCUGUGGAAUGGAUAUACAAGUGACGAAGUGCCGCAGGGAGAACAGAGUGUCUGGAUCCUGAAAACAGUCUCGUUCCCGCAUAAAGCGCUACCCACCCAAGUGACUCCCUGCCCGUGUUAUGGCGGCGAGGCCCGCCCUUUCAUUUCUAUUGGCUGUGCUGGCGUGCACUGGGCCGGCCCAGCCCUCCCCCCCACUGCUGCUCCGCCCCCGGGAGAGAGAGAGGGACUCAGGAGGGGCUUCGGGCGGAGUCAACAUCGCUGUGGUUCACUCUGGCUCCUCCCACCUCCCGGAAACGAGCGCUGGGGUGGGGGGUGUGGGCGGUGCCUCUUCAGCGGGCUCCGGCUCCGGUGCCGGGCCAAGCAGCAGCAGCAGCAGCAAUUCGGGGACGGGUUUUCUAAGUCGGGCCUGGUCAGGACAGGUGGGUGAAAGUGUGAUGACGCCGUGGGGUCCCGCGAACGUGAUCUGGCUGGCCGUGAACGAGAGCAGUCCUGGGAGCCUCUUGCUACAGUUAUGCGAGUUACUGGCUACCACACCGCUACAAGGCCUUGUGUUUGAGGAAGAGAAGCCACCACCGCCCAACCGGGCACCGUUAGCACCUAUGCUGGAAUUUGUCUCGGCUCAGACAGGAGUGCCUGUCAUUGCUGUGGGAGGAGGGGCUGGUCUGGGGAGGGAGCCACAGGAGAGCGGCUCCGUCUACUUGCAGUUCUUGUGCUCCACUGGCCUGCAACUGGAGGUCAUUUUUGAAGUCCUGGAGGAGUUUGAUUGGACAGCGUUCUCUGUGGUUACCACACGCCACCAUGGCUAUGAGGAUUUCCUGGCCAUGGUGGAAGGCAUGAUAGAUGGCUCCUUCAUCGGUUGGGAGAGAAAGAGUGUGGUGAUGCUCAACCUGACCGAUGACCCGGGAGGGGCUCGUACCCGCAGGCUACUGAAGGAGAAUGAAGCACAGGUACGACUCCUGUAUUGCUCACAGGAAGAGGCGGAGCACAUUUUUAAGGCUGCAUGGGCAUCAGGGCAGGCUACUCCCUCACAUAUGUGGUUUGCGGUGGGCCCGGCUCUGUCAGGACUUGGUCUUGAGGGUCUACCCAAGGCUCUGUUCGCUGUGAGGCCACAGGGAUGGAGGGACGAGCCACGACGGCGAAUUGCAAAGGGUGUGUCCGUACUGACGCACGGUGCUAUGGCUUUGCGUAGGGAGUAUGCUGGGGCUCGAGGGACGAGCUUCGCAGGGAACUGCAUGAUGGAUGGAAAUCAAACCCAGAGGGUGCCAGAUAGGAUCAGGUUCUUCAGUAACAUAACUCUAUCUGGACGGGACUAUUCCUUUAAUAAUGACGGUUAUCUGGCAAAUCCGCUCCUGGAUGUUAUCUCCUACACUGCAGGAAGAGGCUGGGAGGAGGUAGGUUGGUGGGAGAAUGGAGUGUUGCGUCUGCGUUACCCGCCCUGGUCCCGGUACGGCCCCUUCCUCAAACCUCUUGAUGAUUCCCAGCACUUGCGAGUGGUUACUUUGGAGGAGAGACCAUUCGUCAUCGUAGAGCCUGCUGAUCCUGGAACAGGCUCCUGCAUCAGAGACUCUGUUCCAUGCCGUCUGCCACUCAACACCAGCAUGGUUGUUGAGGGCAUUCAAUCCAUGAAGCACUGCUGCAAAGGCUUCUGUAUUGAUGUUCUCAAGCGCCUGGCUAAAAUAGUGGGCUUCACCUAUGACCUCUAUCUGGUGACCAAUGGCAGGCAUGGAAAGAACAUAGAUGGAGAGUGGAAUGGAAUGGUCGGGGAGGUGGUGUCCAAGCGGGCCGACAUGGCGAUCGGCUCCCUGACUAUUAAUGAGGAGAGGUCAGAGGUUGUGGAGUUCUCUGUUCCAUUUGUGGAGACUGGCAUCAGUGUCAUGGUCUCUCGUAGCAACGGCACUGUGUCACCAUCUGCUUUCCUCGAGCCGUACAGCCCAGCUGUGUGGGUGAUGAUGUUCGUCAUGUGCCUGUCUGUGGUGGCUGUGACCGUUUUCAUAUUCGAGUUCUUCAGCCCUGUUGGAUAUAACCGAAGCUUACAGAGUGGGAAGAAGGCAGGAGGUUCAAAGUUCACCAUAGGGAAGUCUAUUUGGCUGCUAUGGGCUCUGGUUUUUAAUAACUCAGUUCCGGUGGAAAACCCAAGAGGCACCACCAGUAAGAUAAUGGUGCUGGUCUGGGCUUUCUUUGCUGUCAUCUUCCUAGCCAGCUACACUGCUAACCUGGCUGCUUUCAUGAUCCAAGAAGAAUACAUCGACACUGUGUCAGGCCUCAGUGAUAAGAAGUUUCAACAUCCCACAGAGCAGUAUCCUCCCUUACGAUUCGGCACUGUCCCAAACGGGAGUACAGAGGAGAAUAUACGGAGCAAUUACCCCAGCAUGCAUCAGUACAUGGUGCGUAACAAUCAGAGAGGAGUGGAAGAGGCCAUCGACAACCUUAAAACCGGCAAACUGGAUGCAUUCAUAUAUGAUGCGGCUGUCCUGAACUACAUGGCCCGUAAAGACGAGGGCUGCAAAGUAAUGACCAUCGGCUCUGGCAAAGUGUUCGCUACAACAGGAUAUGGCAUUGCCUUACACAAGAACUCCCGCUGGAAGCGGCCACUAGACCUUGCCCUGCUGCAGCUAGUUGGAGAUGAUGAGAUUGACAUGCUUGAACGACUCUGGUUGUCUGGGAUCUGCCAUAAUGAUAAAAUUGAGGUGAUGAGUUCCAAACUGGACAUAGACAACAUGGCAGGAGUCUUCUAUAUGCUUCUGGUUGCCAUGGGCCUAAGUCUGCUGGUGUUUGCGUGGGAGCAUCUUGUCUAUUGGAAGCUUCGCCACUGUUUGGGCCGCUCAGGAGGACUUGACUUCCUGCUGGCUUUCAGUCGGGGAAUGUACAGCUGCUGCAAUUUUGAGGAUGAAACAGCUCCUGGAGGUUCCCAAAGCACUCUCCCUCAAUAUCAUCAUGUUUCCACAGUUCCCCCUCCUCCGCCGCCUCAUGUGAUCUCUACAGCCGUGGCCAAUCCCCCUAUCACUAAGGCACAACAACAACAGCAGCAACAACAACAAAAGCAACACCACCAGCAGCCACCGGUAUACAAUGCUCUUCUUCCUGGCUCCCCUCCAUCAGGUGGACAUUCUGGAAUGGCUCUAGGGCCAUCGAACAGUCCCAUUCUUGGAGCACCCAUGCCUUGCUCUACUUUCCUACCACGCCAUGAUCGCCGAUUAGCUGUGGUGGAUCGGUGGACUCGUCCAAAGGUGGGUCCUGAGAAGCCUGGUGGUAUGAGCAGUGGGAUUACAGACUUAACACAAUUCCAAGGCAUGCCCUCUCACUGGGGUGCAGGAAUAACUGGAGGGGAGGGGGGUCUGGAUGAAUACAAGAGAUACUAUGGGCCAAUUGAUCCAGAGGGCUUAGGGGUCUCUGCAGAGCCUCAAAACAUAGGCACUCAAACUCCAAAAUCUAAGCAUCGAGGAACAAAAUCCUCUGGAAAUCCACGGUUACCUCCUAAAGGUCAAGCUUCUGGACACAUACCAAUUAACCCUGCUUUGCCACAUCUCUCUCCACCCCAUCAAUCUAUCUGGAGGAGAAGCAGCUUCUCAAAAAGGAAGGGCUCAGGGGGGCCACUGUACGAAAACAUCCUUCCACUAGGAAGAAGAGGUGGGGGCAGAUAUGGAAUAAGGGAUGGUGGUGGAAGAAGAGGACGUCGUCCUCCUCCCCUUCCUCUGCCUAUACCUGUGCCCCUUUCUUCCCCAACACAAACUCCACCCUCACCUUCUCCAUCUAUAUGCUACACAUCCACUUCUACCAGCAGCUCCAGUACCUCCAGUUCAUCCUCUUCUUCAGAAUCAGUCUCCCGAUCCAAUUCUCCCUCCUCUUCAUCAUCGUACACAUCAUCACAAAGCUUCAGAUACCGGACAGAUGUGCAAGACGUGUAUGAGGACUAUGACACUGAUGAGCUUACAGAGGAAUCAAGCUUGCUUUUGGGGAGGAGAAAAAGUCGUUCACGUAUGUCUUCUCGAUCCCUGCCCAGCAGUCCACCGCCACCACCUAUACCACCCCGCAAACCUUGCGCACAGAGGGCACAGGUGAGAGACAGAGCAGGCAGUCAGCUUGCACAGCUUCAAGAGUGGUGGGCGUCAUGGGGAGAGAAAGAAAAAGGUAGAAGAGCAGCUGGAGAUAGAGAAGUUAAGGAGGAGAAACGGCAUCACAAAGAAAGGGAAAGAGAGAGAAAGAGGAGGAAGAAGGGUAGAAAGAAAAAGAAGAGAGAAGAGCGUGAAAGAGAAAGGGAGCGUAAAAGACGUAAGGUGAAAAAGAAAAAGAAAAAAGAGGAGAAAUCCAGAAGAAGGGAGAGGGAAAAGCGACCUGAACAAGAGGAAGUAGAUUUGGACAGGAAAGAUGUGUUCGAAAAAGGAAUAGGACAGGAAUAUUAUUCCUAUCCUGCACUGAGACGGAGCUCAUUCCGAAAAAAAAGUGAAAGCUCUACCAGGAGUUAUGAGUGGGAUGUUAUCAGAGAUGGAGUGAAGAGAGAUAGAGAUGAUCAAGGAGGAGAUAAUGAAGAACCCAGUAGGGGAAAGGAAAGGCAUCACAGAAGCCCAAAAUCACUUCGCAACUCCAGGCCAAGGUCCAACAACAAACAUUUUUCCACCUCAAACAAACCUUCUUCAACCGUCAAAUUUUGGGGUAGUGGGAACCCAACUUCAGAUUCUCCAUCGUCUUUUGUACCCCUACUUCCUAUCGCCUCUAAAAGACGAAAGUCUGUAGGAGCUGAAAGAGAUGAGCAUGGAAGAGGUGUAGAGAGUCGGCCCUUGUUGGGAAAUCACUGUAGAGGUAAGCCUUGCUCGAGAGAAGGCCUGUCUUUUCAGGAAUGGGAAUCCGAGGAAGAAGAUGAAGAGUCUGAAGUGGAAAGAAGUAGGCCAGAAGAACAGGGGAGACGGCGAGAAAGUAGAGGAAUGAACUCCGAGUCUGAAAGGGACAGAGAAAAAACUGUUGAGAUAUACACAGAUGAUGAAGGUUCCUCAGGAGAGUUUGGUAAGUUUGAGAGAUACUGGGAGGGUCACGAAGGUAGGGCAGUUGGAGGCAUUGGAGGAGGAGGAUGGUUCUUUGGCACGUACCCAGCCAGAGAAAGAGGAAACAGUAUAAACAGUAGAGAUGACUCCUUUUUGGGAUUGGGUGGUGGAGAAAGUAGCUUGGGGUUCGGUGCAGGAGCAGGAUGGAGUUCAGGAGGUUUAGGAUCAAACCAGUGGCCUCCAACUCCAUUGACUCCCCCACCUCCUCGAAGAUACUGGUCUGUAGAUAAAUUACCAGUCAAAACUGAAAAGAAAUCUAAAAGCAGGUCUCAAGAGAAGAGUCGAGGCCACACAUCCUGUUCCUGCCAGUCACCCCAUCACUCUGCCAGCACUCACUCCAAAUGGAAUCGGGUGACUUCUAGGAGCCAGGAGGAACUACUCCCCCACUGCCACAGUUUCAGCAGCAGCGUAAGGCCCAAACGCCAGUCAUCUAAACCAGAUCGGGCUCAGAGCCAGGCAAAAUCUGGAAGCCAAUCCAACCUCAAUGCACAAAGACCACAGCGCUCAGACCGGUCCCGACAACCGCCAUCCCCUCCUCAGAGUCUACCACCUUCUUUACCCUCUCCAAUGGUCCCUGCACUCCCAGCACCACCCUCUUCCUCUCACCAUAUACAUGUACCACCACCUACCUCCUCUUCCUCAGUGUCCUCCCCUUCAGUUGUCUCAUCUACACCUGGUGCCCCACAGCCCUCCUCUUUGUCCUCCUCUAGUGCUAAACUCCAAUACCAGAAACUGCGGUCAGUUCCCCAACCCCAAAGGUAUCAAUCCCCACAUCUUCCCCUCAAAACCAAGAGCCUAUGCUCCCGUCGAGGCUCUGCCCAAUUCUCUAGUGUGGAGAGUGAGGUUUGAGCAACAUAAUGAAAUGAGGAACAUCAGCAAGUAGCCCCAGGGGCGAUCAAGUCACCUGCUCAUGCCACAAACUGUUAACUGUUCAUAGCAGUCGAGUUGGGUUGUUUUUGCUGGCACCCUCCUCUUGCACAAAAGCUCUAAUGCUCCUUAGAGACAAACCUGGAUUGGGAUGUCACAUAAUUUGUAGCCCUUUCUCUUUUCUUGUGUAAGAAUGGAAUACUGCCAUGCUGACAAAUCUUGUCGAUGUUAGCGAGGCUGUUCAUAUGGAAUUGGCUUUGCUUCUCUUACUUGGGGGCUUUAAGGUGGAGUGUCGAUAAUGUGGGUAAAUGUGAUUUUUGUUGGAGUGUUUUGCUGCUCGAUGGCUCAGGAAAGAUUUUUUCAAAGGGAGAUUCUGAGGUCAAAUACAAUGCCCUAAUGCCCCGCACCCAUCUUUUUUUCUCUCUCUCUCUCUCUCUCUCUCUCUCUCAUGCUAUCAGAGCUCUGAAUCAUGAUAUAGUUGUUGUGUGUAUUUGUUCAAAAUAUCUCAAGGGAAGCAUUCUCAAAGAAAAGUAGCAAUCCAUUUUUCUCCUCUCAGAGCAUUUUCCUUGACCUCCACCUUCCGCAAAAUGACAUCUAGCACUCUGUGUUGUCGUCAGUGUUUAUAUUUCUAGAAACAGGGUAAGUUAGCCAUGACUGAUCACAUAUUGGUUUACUGAAGCUGAAUGCCAAACUUAAGUGGAGCUGAUGUACAGUCCUGUUCUGUUGAAACCAUUUCACAGGUCCUCAUGUUUCAUUCUUGUCCCUUGAGCAAUACAUAAUUAACAACGAACAACAUUCAAUACAUAUAUUUUAUAUUUUAAAGUUAUUUUAUUAUAUAUAAUAUAUAUGUUUUGUGAUCUGGUUCAAAACAGUUAUGUUAAAUUAUUAAAAGAAUACAAGCACUGUGCUGUAUUACCGUUGGGCACAUGCAAUGUUUCAACUACCUAUAAUCGGUGGCAGCCCUUCCCCUCUCGACUGAAUGUACAUGUUGCCAUGACAACACAGUGUGCUGCAACCAAGACACUUUUAAGAUCGUAGCUUUCUCGGGGGAGACCUUCUCGUCUGAGCCAGUUAGGGUAGCUUUGAACGCAGAUGUUGUGAGUGCCAGGAUGACAGGGCUAGCUAUACUGCAGCACUGUACUCGCUAACCGAGAUGUCAGUGAUGAAAGACACGUCAUCAUUCAGAGAGCGAUAAGUGAAGGAGAGCACUGUUUACAGUUUAACACUGUGUUUUUACACAUUUUUUUACAAGCUGCUCUGCUCUGCCAUUUAUUAGCUUAUGACACAAUAUCCAUACUUGCUUAAGCUUUACAAUUAGCAGCAAGGAUAAACUUGUCAAAUGAGAGCAAAAUAGAGUUGCAAUUUUAUGCUUUUACUAGACAUAUCUGUUAAAAAAAAAAAAAAAAAAAAAAAAAAAAAAGCCAGAUCAAGUAUUCUGUUAAUUGUGAGGAAAAGACUGAUUAGCAAACCAGUCAGGUAGAUCUUUUGUUUAUUUUUGCUUUUACCAUUAGCCAAAAGCUAGCAUUUUUGAAGUGAUCGCUAUAAUUGACUGUGAAUAUUGCUAAGGGCAAUGCGUGUUGGCAGCAGGUCUGAGUCAACUAUGUUUUAUUUUAUUUACUCAGAUUAAUUUUCCUCAGAUUAAUGGUCAAUUUUGUAAUUAUAUUGCCUUGACAAAGCCAGCAUACUGUAUUGAACAAAUUUUAUUUUGGGUUUUUCAAAAUCCCAACAUUUUUCUGAACAAAUCAGAUGAUGUUCAGGCUACAACAACCCCAUCCAAUAAGUGUGUGUGCCACUCAAACCAGCAACAGAUAAAGGAGAAAACUAUCAUCUAAAUCAGACUGUACUUUGCUGUUUAGUGAUCAGUAUCACACUGAUGUGUCCGAGAUGAAUAUAUGCAGGUUAUAAAAUGUUUUAGGUUUCUUCUCAUCAUGUAAGCACAUGUUACAUGUUAUCACUUUGAGAAAAUCAUUGAAAAAAAAAAGAGAGAGAAUAAAAAAUAUUUACAGGUGACUGUACUAUAUACCAAACAUAAUGCUGAAAAUAAUGCUGUAUGAAUCAUUUAUGUUAAGUAUGGACUAAAAAAAAUCUACAGAGAGAUUUGGAAAUUUGAGUCUGGAAAAGUAAGAAAUUUUGAAAUUGAAAGAUCUUAAAUGAUUCAAACUCAAGGAUUUUUAAACUUUCAGACAUGGCUUUGUCAAGCCAGCAGCAAAGGUUGACUAUUUUAAGUUCGAUUUGAAAUAUUGUAUGUUGUUAUUUAUAUAUGUAUGUAUGUAUGUAUACAUUUAUUUAAUUGCAUAUUUGACACAGAACCAUGCACAGACCAACAGGCUAAUUGUUUUUUUGUGAGUGCUUGUAACUGCAUCUGAGCCAUAUUUAGCUUAUUUGUUGUAUGCUGAGCUUUUUUACAAGUAGUACUAAUUAAUUGGGAUAUAUUUUGUUGUCAGUGGGGUAAACCGUAAUGUCAAGAGACUAUGGAGUACUAGAAACAAUGGGUGAUGAUUAUUUUACAUUUUUUAAACAACAAAUGACAUUUGUUUGGAGAAAUCUGAAGGGCAGUAAAAAAUCUUGUCAAUUCUGACCAGAAUCAUAACACUCUGCCUCACUGUCACGGAUUUCAGAGUAAUUCGGAGUAGUUUGACAUUAACAUUUAGAAUAUUUGGCAGCUUAUGUAUGUAUAUCCUUUUGACUCCAACUUUGUUGUGUAAUAUGUGUCUGGAUUACUUUAUAUAUAGAUGUACCUCAUAUAUGUGUUUGUGACGUUUAGAUAGCAAUAGAGAAAUAGUUGUUCAGCAAAGCAGUAUAGCUGAAGACAAGAGUAUUGUUUUCAAACAUUUCUGUUGGCAGACUUGACAAUUAAGAUGUGUUUCAUGUAUUAGCUGCAAAAAAUAAUUUUCCAUUCCAUUGUGCACAUUAAAUUCACUAGACCGCUUUGAUAAAAUAUUUGAGCUGAAUCAGCAAGGACCUUAAGAUAAUGCCUUUUUUUUUCAAAUGACAAUAAAAUAUCAGGCAUAUUGCACAUGUUUUAGUAGGAACCACCGCCACCAAGAAUCUUAAAAAGGCCUUUCUCUAGACAUGUGUCUUGUUGUGUUGAUAGUGUCUUUGACAGUAAAUGUUUUGUUUGUUUGUUUGUUUGUUUAUUUGUUUAUUACUCUAAGGAGAAGUCUCUUUUUGAAGCAGCAGCAUAUAAAUAUAUACAUAUAGGUAUAAAUUAUAUAUUUCAACAAAUAACAUGCAUAUAAAUAUAUAAUGUUUAUCUACUAAAUUUAUUCUCUUUGAAUUGAUCUUCUUUUGUCUCUUUGUCCUCUUUCGUCUCACAAUAGCUGACAUCAGAGACCAGUUUUCAACUGUGUUUUUAUGAAUAACAUGGCCGACCAUCGACCACAUUGAAUUUAUGUUGCAAAUAACCAACGGUGUGUAUGUGUCACUGUGGUGAAAGUUUUGGGACGAGGUGAUGAAACUUUUGAGAACAACUUUAGGCUACACACUACGAUCACUAUGAGCGUCCAUCUUGGCGUAGUAGGUCUUAGCAGAUAGAUUUGACCUUGCUACGUCAAAAGUUUUGCAGUCUCCACGUCACACAGUUCUGGCUUUGAAAGCGGUAUGUGUGCGCGCUCUGUCUGUGCCAAGCUGCAGUGUGUUAUGCUGAAAACUCAUUCAAACACAUGCGAUGCUGCUCUGUAAUACUUUAUGAUAAUGUAGCUGAGCAGAGCCAGUUAUGUUUUAUGCCACUCUGUGCCAGGACGGUAGUGCCCCCCGGUACCACUGUGUUAGGUUCUUGUGCCAUACUCCUCUCAGUAGGGGAGCCUCACAGGGGGGCCACUCGCUGGGCCGCUCGACCAUGGGAGACUAUACUAUGCUGUGCUACGAGCAGAACAGAAUAAAAGACUUUUAAUACAA